ACUUAUUCAAUUAAAAUUUAAGUUGUCCAAUCAAAAUCUAUAAGGUGUAAUUUACUCAAAAACAACUAAAAUCAUUUACAACCUACCUGCCUUUUAUAUUGCUAUAACAACGCUAAACGACGCAACAAACGCAUAAGAAAUAUAUGGAAUGUUUUCAAUUGUGCCACUUCAAGAUUCCUCCAUUGUCUAUACACUUUCCCCCCAUGUUUUACACCAAAGAAAAAAGGAAGAAAACAAAGAAGACUUCCUGUUUCCAUUAUUUCAAUGGCAAAUUCCCAAAUCCUUCUUUCACCGUUUUCAUGUCUUCCCCGACUCCCCUCAUAUCCAAUUCAAUCACCAUCCAAAAACCGCUUCCAAAUUCACUCCACCUUUGCUAAAUUUGACAACUUUCUUGACCUUAAACCUGAGUCCAAACCUCAACCCCUUAAGCUUGAUCUCCCCUUGUUUCACCCCUAUUAUGAUCGUUCCCGCUUCGACGUGGUGGUCGUUGGCGCUGGCCCCAUUGGCCUGCGUGUCGCUGAGCAACUUGGUGGCUUUGGAAUCAAAGUGUGCUGUGUGGAUCCUUCCCCGCUUUCUCCUUGGUCUAAUAACUAUGGCGUUUGGGUGGAUGAGUUUGAGGAUCUGGGGUUGGAAGAUUGCUUACACAAGACUUGGCCUAUGGCUUCAGUGUAUUUAAGUGAUGAGAAAGUCAAGUAUUUGGAUCGCCCCUACGCUCAGGUGAGCAGGAAGAAACUGAAGAUGAAACUAAUGGAAGAAUGUAUAAGUAAAGGGGUAAAGUUCCACAAAGCCAAAGUGUGGGAAAUCAACCACCAACAAUUUGAAUCUUCAGUAUCUUGCAACGACGGAACCGAAAUAAAAUCAAACUUAGUAAUCGACGCAAGUGGUUUCACAAGCAAAUUCACAAAGUACUCAGAAUCAAACCCAAGAAACUGCGCCUUUCAAAUCGCCCACGGAAUUUUAGCAGAAGUAGACCACCACCCAUUCGAUCUAAACAAAAUGGUUCUAAUGGAUUGGAGAGACACUCAUUUGAACAACGAACCAUACCUAAGACAAGACAACAAAAAAUUCCCAACAUUCCUCUACGCAAUGCCCUUCGAUUCAAACCUAAUCUUUCUCGAAGAGACUUCCCUCGCCGGCCGGCCGGCGAUGCCGUACACAGCAGUGAAAAAGAGGAUGGCGGCCAGGUUGCGGCAUUUGGGGAUAAAGGUGAAGAGAAUUAUAGAAGAGGAGAAAUGUGUGAUUCCGAUGGGGGGUGCUCUGCCGAAGAUGCCGCAGGCAGUGGUGGGGGUAGGUGGGGUGGCGGGGAUGGAACCGGCAAGUGGGUAUGCGGUGGUUAAGGGAAUGGGGGCGGCGGGGAGGAUAGCGAGAGUGGCGGCAGAGGGGGUUGGUGGUGGCGGUGGGAGGAUGAUUAGAGGGAGGGCAUUGGAGGGGAGGGUUUGGGAAGGAGUGUGGCCAAUGGAGGAGAGAAAUGUGAGGGAGUUUUAUUGCUUUGGUAUGGAGAUUUUGGUGAGGCUUGAUUUGGAUGGGAUUAGGGGUUUUUUCAAUGCCUUCUUUGAUUUGGAACCAUCUUAUUGGGAGGGUCUUUUGUCUUCUAGGUUGUCUCUUUUGGAGUUGGGUAUGUUGAGUUUAUCUCUUUAUCAACAUGCUUCCUUUAGGUCUAAGCUUGAUAUUCUUACUAAGUCCCCUCUUCCUCUUCUUCAAAUGAUGGCUAAUCUUACCCUCCAUGCUUUGGGAUGAAUGAAUGAAUGAAUAAGAGCACAUUUGUUUGAGGGUUGUUUCAUGUAUAUAGUUGGUUAUUAUAAUUUAGUUUAUAGUGUUAUAAUAGUCUCUCCAGAGGAGAAGAAAAUUUGUGUUUGAGGAGUGACUAUUUUAAUCUCUUAGUUUGAAAGUUUGUGUUAGAAGUGCAAGUUGUUUUAGUAUGACUUUAAAGUUUAUGUAUUUUAGGUUGUUUAUUUGCUUAACAUGCCAUUCUUUACGGGUUUAGAGUUGUA